AUGAGCUCGCAACGAUACCAGAGGGUUGCUACCAUAGAGGAUGGGUAUCCUGAUAGUCCAGUAACGCCCCAAUCUCCGCCCCCAUCCUUUCGAUCUCGUGCUUCGUCGCUUGCUAUCAGAAAUCGCACAUUAUCUACAGUCAAUCAGAACCUUGCAGAAGCAUUCGAUGCAGAUGGAUCUGAUAUUGAUGAAGAUAACGACGGAGAUUCUCGGCAACGCCUGAUGCAAGGUCUAUCAUCCUCAUCACCCAGAGAGCGCCGCGAUACAGCCAUCAUAUCGCCACUUGAAAGUUCUCGACCCACAGUAGCUAGGAGCGAGACAAAUAUACCGCCGCAAGGUCCAACAACUACUACAGGUCGAGUAUAUGGUGGCGGAUCUGGGUCUGAUGGUGUCUUUGCCAACCUCAGCGCCAAGCCUGAGUCGGGCGAAAAGAUAGAUGAACAUCCGCCGACCUAUGAGCAAGCCGCGGCAGAUUGUGCUCCACCAUACUGGGAAACAACAAUUCUAGCACCUGGCCUCGGGGGCCUAGAUGAAGUGUAUGUCGAAGGCCUCCCAGUAGGAUCUGUGUUUUCUUUUAUCUGGAAUGGGAUGAUAUCAAUGUCAUUUCAAUUAGUCGGCUUUCUUCUGACGUAUUUGCUGCAUACUACUCACGCAGCCAAAAAUGGCUCCCGUGCCGGUCUGGGAAUCACUCUGGUGCAGUAUGGAUUCUAUAUGAAAGGCUCAGGAAGUGUUACUCAGGGACCGAUACCAGACGGUGGACCACCUCAAUAUUCUGAACCACCGGACCCCAACAGUCACGACUUUGACCCUGAUCAGAUAGGAAACAAAAGAAUUGACGAUGUUGGAUCCAAAUGGGGCAAUGUUGCUAGUAGUGAGUGGAUGGCUUACAUACUGAUGAUUGUUGGUUGGUUUAUUUUGAUUCGAGCCAUCAGUGACUUUCUUAAAGCGAGGCGGCACGAACAGCUGGUUCUGCGAAGUCCUGACCGAGGGCUGAAUGUGCCCAUAAUUUCUAGCGAUGAAAAUUCAACGACCGUCGUCUAA